CCAGAUAGUAUUAGUUACUCAAUUUUAAUUUGAAUUUUACUGUGUGCCACGUUGUGUAACCGACGGAUGGAGUGAAAGAGGCAAUUUUGCAGUAGCAAUUUCUGCAAAGUUUCUAGUUAGACCAAAAGUCAACCAGUUUGACAAGUCAUCGUUAAUAACUUAUUCGGUAAUUACUAAUAUUGCACAUAUUGACUUUGUAAUUUGAUCUAAGCUUUUUCAUCAGCAUUGCCAUGGCAACAAUAACCUUGUUCUAGCAGAGCCAGCAACUCUCUACAUCAUCGGCGUCGUCAAAGAUUCAGAACUUUUUGGCUCGCAGGUUUCAUAAAACAGUAUAUGUUCCAUGGCAACAGCAAUUUUGUCUAUCUUGGUCACUCCCGUCGUUGAAAUUGCAAAAUGUGCAUUUGUUCCCCUUGGAAACAGGUUGCGUCAUAUUCGUGACUGCAACAAGAAUGUUAAGAAACUUAAGGAUCAAGUCGCAUCUCUUAAAUCAACUAAAGAUUCGGUGCAACAAGCUGUGGAGGAAGCUCAACAAAGAGGGGAGAGCAUAAACUAUAGAAUUCAAGUGUGGCUAAAGAAGGUUGAUGAGAUUGAGGAAGAUAUGCAAAGAUUGGAUGAGAACAUGAGCAGUUUCCAAGGACUCUGCGUCAAUUUAAACUCAAAAUCGAUGCUAAGCAAAGAGGCAGUAGAGAAAAUGAGUGUUGUUCAUCAGCUCAAUUCUGAUGGGAAGUUCGAUUCUAUCUCCGUCCAGGCACCUCAUUUAGCGCCUCCUCCAGGUAUUGAGACGACGCCAACUGGUGAUUUCCAAGCUUUUGAAUCCACAAAGUUAGCUAUGGAGCAGAUAAUAGUGGCACUGGAAGAUGACCAAACACAUGUAAUUGGGGUGUACGGCAUGGGUGGUAUUGGCAAAACAACGCUAGUGAAACAAGUCGGGAAGAAAGUGAAAACUAUUAGAAGUUUUGAUGAAGUAGUCAUGGUUACUGUCUCUCAGAAUUUGGACUUGAAAAGGAUCCAAACAGAAAUAGCUGAGGAGUUUGGUUUUCAGCUUCAGGAGGAAAGCAUAUCUGUGAGAGCACGCCGGCUAGCACAUUGGUUGAACCAUAAGAAAAGAGUUCUUAUAAUCUUGGAUGAUGUAUGGGAAAGAGUGGAGUUGUUACAACUCGGAAUUCCUUAUGGCGCUGACCACAAUGGUUGCAAAAUAGUUGUUACAACAAGAAGCUUAGAUGUAUGCAACGAGAUGGAAAGUCAAAGAAACAUUGAGGUCAAAGUCCUUUCUCAGGGAGAUUCAUGGAAAUUGUUGAAAAGAGUUGCUGGUAAUCACAUUGAUUAUGCUGAGUUGCGUACUGAUGCAAAAGAGGUUGCUACGCAGUGUUGUGGUCUGCCCAUUGCACUUGUUACACUUGGAAGAGCCUUAAGAAAUAAGCCGCCAAGUUCGUGGCGUCACGCGGUUCUUGAACUCCGAAUGUCAAGACCAAUGGACAUAAAAGGAAUGAGUGAGAAGGUAUUUUGGUGCAUAAAAUUGAGCUUUGAUUAUCUGCAAAGUGAAGAAGCCAAGUCUUGUUUCCUGUACUGUUCUGUAUUUCCUGAAGAUCAAGAUGUUGAUUUUGAAAAUUUGGUGAGAUAUGGAGUGGGUGAAAGGAUUUUUAAUGAUGUUGAGACUCUAGACGAAGCUAGGGACAGAAUGCAUGCAAUCAUUGAUAAUCUUAAAGGCUGCAGUUUGUUGAUGGACAGUGACAGAGAAGGCUGUGUAAAAUUGCAUGACGUUGUUCGAGAUGUUGCUAUAGCCAUCGCCUUGGGUAAUGAACACGGGUUUAUGGUCAAAACUUCCACGGGAUUGAAAGGCUGGCCAAAAGGGGGAAACCUAGAAAAUGUAAGAAGGAUGUCACUGAUGAAUAAUGAGAUCAACCAACUUCCAGAGGUAGUAGAUUGUCCGAAAUUAUCAGUCUUACUGCUGCAGAAUAAUAGAUUAUUGAGGAACAUCCCCAUCGGCUUCUUUUCAGGGAUAAAGUCACUUCAAGUUCUAGAUUUAAGCAACAUUCCUCAUUUUCCAUCAUUGUUGAUCAUCUCAUGCCUUUCGAAUCUCAAAACUCUUUGCAUUGAAUGCAGUAGGAUAGAUGAUGUCGCCGGGCUUGGUGAACUGAAUAAACUCGAAAUCCUCAGCCUACGUAGAUCUUUAGUAUUGGAAAUUCCUGAAGAAGUAAGUAGAUUAACAAGGCUGAGGUUGUUGGAUCUAACAAAUUCCAGAGUGGAAAGGAUUUCUGUGAACAUUCUUUCAAGACUAUCUCAAUUGGAAGAGCUGCGGAUGAUAGGAAGCUUCAGUAAGUGGGAGGUUGGAGAGUUGGAAAAUGAGGAUCAGGCUGCCAAUGUGGCCGAGUUGGCAUCUCUUGACAACUUGAGAAGCCUGUAUAUUAACAUAGAUAACGGUGAAUGCUUGUUUGAAGAAAUUGCCAAUUGCUGCCAAAACGUGCAAAACUUUUACAUACAAGUGGGAGAAGAUGCUUACUACUUUGAAACUACAGCCAGAACAACAAUGCGCUUGAGCGGAAAAGACCAAAUCAAAGACCUAAAACACACAGCACAGUGGGUGAAGGAAUUACUGAGUAGAACAGAGGAACUAUCAUUGAUACACUGGAAUUUUCUUGAAAGUCUUAGCCAGUUGGUUUUAGAGGGGUUAACAAAAUGCGUGGAAUUUCUUCACAUCAAAAGCUGUAACAUUGAAAACAUCUGCUCUUCUAGAUUCUUAGAAGGUCUUGACAAUCUGGAACUCCUCUAUGUAAGCUCGUGUCACAACUUAAAACAAGUCAUUGUCUCUCUAGACUCAGAUUUUAAAAGUAUCGUUCUUCCUCGACUCCGCAACUUGGUUCUGAGAGAUUUACCUACUAUGAAAAGCAUAUUGAAGGGGCUUGUUCCCUCAUCUUGCUUCCACAACCUGCGUUCUUUGACAGUGCAAGGCUGUCCAGGUUUGAAAUUUCUCUUCCUGCCGGACCUUGCUGAGAAUCUCGAGCAGUUAGUCUAUCUAGAAAUCUCGGACUGUAUGAGACUGGAAAGAAUAAUCUCAUACGGUGUCAACAAACAUAAACUGGCUCUUACAAAGAAGAUCAGCUUUCCAAAUUUAUGCUUCAUCACGCUGUCGAAUUUGCCAAGACUUUUGAGUUACUGUGAUCCCACAAUCUCUCUUGAUCUACCAUGUUUACAAGAUCUAUGUGUAAAUUCAUGUCGGAGAUUUCAAUCCAAGUCAGCAUCUAUGCCAUUGAGUUUCACUUACGUUGCCACGAAGACAACUCCAGUUGUUUUUUCAACUUAUAGCGUAAAGCAAGCAGAAUCUUCCAGCCAACAGAAUCCAAUUCCAGAUCCAAUAGAUAGUUCAGGAUAUACUCAUAUUUUCAAUAAGAUCAGGAGCGAACGGAUCAAUAAGACCAAAUAGUGAGAGCAUAAUCUAUAUUCUAAGUGGAGGUAAAUCAUAUUAAAUAUUUAUAUUAGAUCAAUGUACAUGUUUGCUUUAUUACAUAUUCUAAAAAUAUGUACGCACCGUCUGAGACAAGUUUCUCGAGUUGUAAUAGAUGCAAUAUCCAAAUAUAUGGAUGUUGCGAGAACUGUUGGAGUUUGAGUUUGACGUCUGAGGGCAUGUUGGUGUGUAGAUGUCUGAAUGUGUACUAGUUGGUGGUGUAUCCUAUUGAUGAUGAGAGUUUUUAGAGUUGUCUCAGAUGUCUGAAAAUAUACUAGCUGUGUCAGUAUCUUGAAUCAACGAGGUAAAAUAGAAAGAAGAUGAAAUCUUCAUGUAAUUAGCAAUAAAACAUUCCAUAGUUCUAAACUUUAGGUUUUUGAGGCAAACAUUCACAAAUGACAAAAUAAUCAAGAUUAAUUGUAUGGAUACUGAAAAAUGGGACCGUCCAGCGAGAGGUACAGUCAAGAUCAAUACGGUGUUACAGUCAAGAUCAAUACGAGGCAGGAGAGGUGAUGGUUGCAGGGAAUAAAUUGAUGGGGUCUGCUAUGGAAAUUAUUAUUGCUGAAGAACAAGCCAUGCUUCUCGAUCUGCAGAUUUCAGCUGACGGGGCUUUCAGCAACAAUUUGAUGCUGAUAAAUGUGCUGAUCAAAGGAGAUGAGUUCUUAGAUGAAACCGGGGACAUUGUACAUGAGUUGUUGCAGGAAGCAAAGAGGUUUCAGGAAUUAUCGAGAGAGGCCAACAAAUUAGCAAUGUAUUUGAACAGAUGUGGAUGGAGGAGUGCCCAGGUCAGCUGUCGAUCAUCUGGAAGAAGUAUCAAAUUUCUGUUGAAGUCGUUAGUUAGCAUUGAUUCGUUUUCGUUCUUUGUUUGUUUUGAUUUAGUUAUUCAUCAAAAAGAAAGAUUGGAAGGAAAUGCUAUAAGGCAGAUCUACUUGAGUUAGUCUUUAAGAACUUGGAGAGCCAUGACAUACAAUCGUUAAUUAUCUUUAUAUGCUGUAAUCUAUUUUCAAAUGUCAAUUGUCUCAAAGGAAAUUUGUUUUGCUGAA